AUGGAUCGCCCCAUUGAUGACAUUGUCAAGAACCUGCUGAAAUUUGUUAUCAGAGGUUUUUAUACAGGAGCUUUCGUCUUGGUAAUUGAUGGCAUUUUAUUUCAUUCUGUACUUUCGGAAGAGGACUUAGCACAUCUGCUGGGCAUUAAGAGACCAGAAUUACGAGGAUUAUUGACAACACUUCUCGAAGAUAGGAUGAUUGCGGUACACUCGCAACAGGAGUUCCAUUUCAACACCCGGAGCAUCAAAAGGUAUUAUUAUUAUAUCAAGUAUCCUCAGGCCAUCGAUGCCAUUAAGUGGAAGGUUCACCAGAUUGUCUCCCUGCUCAAAGAUGACCUUGAUAAAAACUCUGCACCCCAAGGCUACAUGUGUCCCGUUUGUCAAAGCAAAUAUACGCAAUUGGAAGCUGUGUCAUUGUUAAAUUACGAGAAAACUCAAUUUCUCUGUAGCCUUUGUGAAGAGCCAUUAGUCGAGGACGACUCAGGGAAGAAGUCUAAAGAAAAGCAGGUUAAACUGAAUCGGUUGAUGGACCAAGUACAGCCUAUCAUUGACUAUCUAAAAAAAAUCGAUGAUUCCAGAAUUGAGGAAAAUACAUUUGAGACAGCCUUGGCUAGACUGAUCCCACCUCAGAAUAACUCUGUUGCGUCCUACACUCUAAAUCCAAGAUCCAAGAAAAGUAAAAUGUUCACACCUGGUGAUAAUACUAAUGCUGCCUUGGAUAAUGCAAGCAGUAGACGCGCGGGUGCUAAAUCACAGGCUACUUUGCAUGUAAAUAUCACGACAGCCAGCGAUGAACGAGCCAAGAGUGAACGCCAAGAAAGAGAAAUGGAAGAAAAAAGAAAGCAAAAUGCCUUACCAGCCUGGCAUGAACAAAGUACGGUGGGUAAGGUGGCCUUGGGUAGACUCGAUAAAGACGAGGAAAUCAUACCUUCCGUACCACAGCCAAAUGGCGAUGAAGCUGGAAAUGCUGAUGACAUCGGUGAAGCUGAUGAUAAGCCUGUUGAUUUUGACUUCGUGGAAGCUGCUGCUCCUUUAACUCAGCAAGAAGUUGAGGAAAGAGAGGCAGAAAAAACGUUGGCAGACUAUUACGCUCAACUGGCCAAGAAGCAAGCUCUUGAGGACGAAGAUGACGGAGAGGAUGAAGAGGGUGAUGAGGCCAUGGACUAUGACGUAGAGUUUGAGGACGUCGUUAGUGAAAAUGAAAAUGACGCUAAUGCCAACGCCAGUAGUCCUAUUAAAGGAGAAUCCCUCGAAAAAAAUGACUCCAGUGGUCCUCAAGGAGUUAAUUUGGAAUCAGAUGAAAUGCACAAAGCGAAGGGCUCGAAUCAAGGGGAAGAUAUUGAAGAUGAGGAUAUGGAUGCUGAGUUUGAAGAUGUUUGA